CCAGUUAUGCCCAUAGGUUGAGUUUAAAUCAAAUGGCAGUACUUUCUUAAGAUCAGCGAAUUUGUUCGAGUUGAGAAAUGUGGUGAUUUUAUUUAAAAGAAUAACAGGGAAAAAAAUUAAGAAAAAAGUGAAGAAACAAUAUACGCGCAUUUUCCCCCGAAUUUCGGCAGGUGAUGGUGAAUGCAUGCAAAUGUAAACCAUCAAUUUAAUUUGUUCCUCUCAUUGAAUAUUGAGAAGAGCAUCGAUAGACAAAACUUUUGCUAGAGAGGGGAAAUGGCUGAAGAGAUUAUCAAUGCAAGUCAUUCUUCCCCUGAAGAAACACACGUUGCUCCAAAUCUUCCUACUUCAGCAAGAAAAAAAGGAGGAUGGACGGCCAUUGCAUACAUUCUUGGGAAUGAAUCGUUUGAGAAAUUGGCGUCCAUAAGUUUGAUAUCGAACAUGACAACUUAUUUGCGGACCAAAUACAAUAUGGGGGGAGUAUUUCUGGUGAAUGUGGUGAGUAUAUGGUCUGGCUGCUCCAACAUUACGCCUCUAGCCGGUGCAUUCUUGGCUGAUGCCCACCUUGGCAGGUUCCUUACUCUCCUCUUUGGUUCCAUUGCUUCUUUCCUGGGGAUGGGAAUGGUGACAUUAACUGCUGGAGUCGAUGAACUCAGGCCACCUGGUUGCCAAGGCCUUGCUUGUCCCCAGCCACAAAAAUGGCAGCUUGCGUACCUUUUUGCAGGUCUUGGAUUUAUGGCGAUAGGUUCCGGAGGUAUCCGAGCCUGCAACAUCGCCUUUGGUGCUGAUCAAUUCGAUACUAAUACCGAAAAAGGAAGGUCUCAACUCAAAAGUUUCUUCAAUUGGUGGUAUUUCUCAUUCACUAUAGCCCUCAUCAUAGCCCUCACAGUUGUUAUCUACAUCCAGACAAAUAUCAGCUGGUUUAUAGGCUUCGUAAUACCAACUUGCUGUUUAGCCCUUUCCAUUAUGAUUUUCUUGAUUGGUCGCAACGCUUACAUUCGUUUGAAGCCACAAGGAUGUGUUUUUAUCGACAUGGCAAAGGUUAUAAAUGCAGCUUGCAGAAAGAGACACGUUAUCGUUUCACCAACAGCAAAUUCCCUUUAUGAUCAUGCCACCAAGGAAUCAGAAAAUGAGCUAUCGGUGCUUAGGCACACAGACAGAUUUAAAUUCCUUGAUAAGGCCGCUGUUAUUGUUGAUCCCAACAGUGAAUUGAAUGCUGAAGGAGUUGCUAAAGAUAGCUGGAGACUGUGUAAUGUCGAACAGGUGGAAAGGCUAAAAUGUGUAGUGGGAAUUUUACCCGUUUGGGUGGCUGGAAUCACUUGUUUCAUCACCAUGGAACAGAUGAAUACAUUCGGGGUUCUUCAAGUAAUUCAAUCCAACACAAAAGUUGGGAAUUUCAUGAUUCCUCCAGGGUGGAUGGGACUAGCAUCCAUGAUCUCUCUGGCUAUAUGGAUCUUCAUCUACGAGUGUGUAUACAUUCCUAAUGCAAGGAAAAUCUCUAAGAAGGAAGCCAGAUUGUCUUUGCAAAUGAGAAUCAAAAUAGGCAUUUUCAUGUCAAUUCUUUGCUUAGCAGUAGCUGCAUUAGUUGAAACAAGACGCCGAGACUUGGCCCUGAAAGAACGCACAUUUAUCUCUCCACUUGGCGUUGGAUUCUUUUUGCCUCAAUUCAUUCUAUCAGGGUUGACAGAAGCAUUCGCCGCAGUAUCUGUCAUGGAAUUCUUGAAUAACCAAGUACCAGAGACCAUGCGAAGUGUGGCUGGAGCAAUUUUUUUCUUGAGCCUAAGCAUUGCCAGCUACCUCAACACACUCAUUGUCAAUACAGUUCAGAUGUUAAGCAGGCUACAUGGCGGAAAGCCGUGGUUGGGAGGUCAUGACCUUAAUGAAAACAAGCUAGAACGUUUUUACGUUCUUAUUGCCGGCUUGGGAGUACUGAACUUCAUAUACUUUCAUUUCUUCGCCAGUCGUUACAUUCAAAGCUAUGAAGAGUCAAAGAGGAGAAAGACUGUGUUGGAGACUCGCGCUGAAGCCUGUUUCGUCGACCUGCCAGAAAAGAAACCAUGAAAACAUGAGCAACUUAAAUGAGGUUUGGUAAUCCAAACGGAGUAAUUGAAUUAAAGACAUGAGUACACUAAUGCCUUAUAUAAGUUUGAUGAGCGUGCUACUUUAUUGACAGUAAUAUUAAUGUCCAUCAUUCAUCAAUGCUUAAAUGUUGAGUAAAGGUUGUAGGACUAUAUGGGUUCGGAUAAUGUAUAAGGACUUAAUCCAUUAUCAUCUCUUAGCAACAUCACUUUUUGCGUCUCAAUUUCAAGUAAAUUGAGAUUAGCAAUAUGAA